AUGAGGUUAACCACGUUUAAUAAAGACAACUCUGAAUUAAAUAGAUUCUUGCUUAAUUAUUCCCUUUAUGCACAUCCAAAAGUAGUCAUUAUUGAUGAGGAAGGUUCCGCAUUACAAGAUAAAUAUUAUGAGGUCGAUUCAACGUUGCAAUUAUCGUGCAUUGUUCGAAAUGUGAAAAUGAUGUCGAGUGCGGUUUUUUGGAGUCAUGGAGAGCGAAUUCUAAACUAUGAUGUGGAAAGAGGCGGAAUUAGUGUUAAGACGGAAAUCUUGGAUAAGGGUGCUAAUUCAUCACUACUCAUUGCCAAGAUAAAUAAAAUGGAUACGGGCAAUUAUACGUGCUCCAUCAAUGCAACACAUGAAUAUACAGUGUCAGUGCAUGUUCUGAAUGGAGAAAGCUUUGCGGAAUUGCAUCAUGGUAAUAACGGUGCUACGAAACUGGAUUCGUUGUCGGUUUUAACAGUACAGACAUUCUCGUUGAUUUUAUUGAAUGUUAUUUGGUUCUAUUUACGUGCACACGGAAGAUAACUGAUGUACAACACAGCACACACCGUAUAGACUACAGCAUAAUGAAACUAAACCUAUUUUGUGUAGAUGUUUUCGUAAUUUACCGCAUCAAAAUUGGUAUGAAACAACUGUGAAUAUAAUUCCCCAUAAAAUGUUAAAUUAAAUUUGAAGCUUAUAAAACACAUAUACACUGUUGUCCAUCUAAAAUUCUAAGGCAGACACAAAUUUUGAAAUUUAUAAUUGGUAGCCAAUGACCGUCGAUCGAGUUGGGAGCUCACCUAAUUUUCACAAGUCGAAUUACAUCAUUACAAUUCACAUUCCGUCACUCAAAUAAUACAUAACGGACAUGAGGAAAACACGAAAAAAUUUCAAAAUUGAUUUUAAUGGGUAAAUUAUUGAGAGCUUAUAAAUCUACACAAACUUUGGAAUGGGUUGAAGACUGUGUUUUGAAACCUUACUUCAAUGUGAAGAUAAAUUUGUAAGACACAAUUUCUGGAUCAGUGUCUGAACAUGUUAAACGAACAUUUCUAACUCUUACUGCAGAUUUCAUUCACUUUAGUAAUCAGUAUUUUGUGAAAAAAAAAGAAAAACCAAAUAGCGUUCCCAAUCGAACCAUUAUAUAUCCUAUUAUUGAUUAAAGUCGAAAGAAAAAUUCGUGUAACAUUUGUUGGUUUUUCGAUGACGACGACAACAUCAAUUAGUAUUUAAAUGAAGUUUUUGUAAGAUCGAUUCGAGGAAAUAAUGUAAAUACAACUCAAUUUAUUUACAAAUGUUACUCUGUAUCGCUACUAAAAUAUACCGUAUGGAUUAACUUUAGUUUAGUUUAUAUUUUCUACUUUUUUUCAAUUUCAUUUCUAUUAUUUCGGUUUCUGUAAAUAAUUUGGGAUUUGUUUCACAAAUUUCGUGUAGCUAUUUAAAUUCUGUAUGGAUAAUCACGAUAUCGAAGUCGAAGGACGAAUAUACACACACACACAUGUCCAUGGGAAUAGAAGUGGCAAUACAGAUUCGUACUCUGAAAUAUGAACGCCGAAAAAGUGAAUUCUAAAAAAUACAGCAUAGAUGUUUGCUACUCCAUAAAUAUUACCUAAAAUUUUGAUGUCAAUCGUAUUAUUACGCUUUAUUUUUGCACAAAUAUCGUUCAUAUUUAACAUAAUCAAUGGAGACUUAACAUCAAAACACGUUGACAGUUGCUUGGAAUAUAUAAUGAACCACAACACAGCACGCGCCAAUAAGGAAAAAUGAACGAAUUAUAUGCUUAAUACUUUCAAUGAUUUCUAUUUCAAAACAGUAAAAGAUACAACAACAACAACAAUCAUUUAUAGACCGAUUAUACCUUUCGGUGUGUGGUCUUUUUACGAAAUAACUAGACUUGAAUUCCUCUAACAAUUCCUCUCCAAACUUCCUUAUUGAGAGCCAGGUCUUGAGUUUCUCUAUUCCAA